AUGCGCCUCCUCCUCCUCCUCCUCCUCCUCCUCCUCGCCCUCAUCGGCAGUGCAGCAGCACAAGCAAUCCGAGGUUUCAAUUCGGGAGGCAUAGGUCCAAAGGGACCCAAAUCACAGCAAGACUUCGAAGCCGAGUUCAACAAGAUCAAGAACCUACCAGGCACCGGGCCCUUCACCUCCAUCCGGCUGUUCACGAUGAUUCAGCCGAAUACUGCCAGCGACCCAACAGUAGCCAUCCCCGCCGCCAUAUCCACACAAACCCGCCUGCUGCUCGGCCUCUGGGCCAGCGCCGGCCAGGACGCCUUCAACAAUGAACUCACCGCCCUCAAGGCAGCCAUCACCCAACACGGCGAGAAGUUCACCUCUCUCAUCGACGCCAUCUCCUGCGGCUCAGAAGACCUAUAUCGAAUUACACCCACCGGCAUCGCAAACAAAGCAGGCAUCGGCGCCUCCCCUGACACGCUGGUGCAAUACAUCCAGCAACUCCGCGACGCAAUCAAGGACACGCCUGCAUCCGGGGCGAAGAUCACACAUGUAGAUACGUGGACGGCAUGGGUAAACGAGAGUAACUUCGCAGUGACCAAAGCCGUCGACUGGCUCGGCAUGGACGGCUACCCCUACUACGAGAAAGAGCACGAAAACACCAUCUCGAACGCCGGACAGCUCUUCUUCGACUCGUACAACAAGACCGUCGCCGUCUCGCAGGGGAAACCUGUUCACGUCACGGAGACGGGCUGGCCGGUUGCUGGGCCGAAGUCUGGGCUCGCGGUGGCUUCUGUCGAGAAUGCGAAGAAGUAUUGGGAUCAGGUCGCUUGUCGGUUGCUGGGGAGUGUGGAUACGUGGUGGUUUACGCUGGAUGAUGCGAAGGCGGAUCCGGGGGAGAUUUCUUUUAGUUCGAUUAAGCCGGAUUUGGGGGAUCCGUUGUUUGAGCUUUCUUGUCCUGGAGAGUAG